AUGAAGCUUUGGAUUCAUCUACUAUAUUCAGCUUUGAUUGCCUCAGUUUCUAUACAGUCUCCACCUGCACUAUCACCAGUUAGAGGAUCUUGUGAUUCUCUGUGUUCAUGUGAGGAAAAGGAUGGUUUACUACUUAUAAAUUGUGAGAAAAGAGGGAUCAAGUCUUUAUCACAAAUAAAUGUGCCACCAUCAAGACCUUUCCAUCUAUUUUUAUUAAACAAUGGAUUGACUACACUACACACAAAUGACUUUUCCGGUCUUAACAAUGCCAUCUUAAUACAUCUUGGAUUUAAUAAUAUUGUGGAUAUUGAGCCUGGUGCAUUUAAUGGCCUUGGCCUUCUGAAGCAGCUUCAUAUUAAUCACAAUUCUUUAGAAAUUCUGAAAGAAGAUACUUUUCAUGGUUUAGAGAACCUGGAAUUCCUUCAAGCAGAUAACAAUUUUAUCACAGUGAUUGAACCAAGUGCCUUUAGCAAGCUUCAUAGACUAAAAGUCUUAAUUUUAAACGAUAAUGCCAUUGAGUUUCUUCCCCCAAAUAUAUUUCGCUUUGUCCCCUUGACCCAUCUGGACCUCCGUGGGAAUCAGUUACAAACAUUGCCAUAUGUUGGCUUUUUGGAGCACAUUGGUAGGAUACUGGACCUUCAGUUGGAAGACAACAAAUGGGUCUGCAAUUGUGACUUGUUGCAGUUAAAGACAUGGUUGGAAAAUAUGCCUCCCCAGUCUAUCAUUGGUGAUGUUGUUUGUAGCAGCCCCCCAUUUGUCAAAGGAAGUGUUCUAAGUAGACUGAAAAAGGAAUCUAUCUGUCCCACACCUCCAGUACAUGAAGAAUAUGAGGAUCCUUCAGGCUCAUUACACCUAGUAGUGACCUCUUCUAUAAAUGACGGUCAUAUAUCAACCAAGAUGACAUCUAUUUCAAAAAGUCCCACCAAGGUACCAGGUUUAGUACCUUAUGCUACAAAGCCAUCUACUCCACUUCCAGGACCUUAUUGUCCUAUUCCUUGUAACUGCAAAGUCCUUACCCCAUCAGGACUUCUAAUUCAUUGCCAGGAACGAAAUAUUGAAAGUUUAUCGGACUUAAAGCCUCCUCCCGAAAAUCCUAAAAAACUUAUUUUAGCAGGCAAUAUUAUUCAAACUCUAAUGAAAUCUGACCUGGUGGAAUAUUCUACUUUGGAAAUGCUUCACUUGGGAAACAACCGGAUUGAGGUUCUUGAAGAAGGGUCAUUCAUGAAUCUCACCAGAUUGCAGAAGCUCUAUCUAAAUGGUAACCAUCUGAUCAAAUUAAACCGUGGUUUAUUCCUAGGGCUCCAGAAUCUUGAGUAUCUGUAUCUUGAAUAUAAUGCAAUCAAGGAAAUAUUACCUGGAACUUUUAAUACAAUGCCAAAACUUAAAGUCCUCUAUUUGAAUAACAAUCUUCUCCAAGCUUUACCACCUCACAUUUUUUCAGGAGUUCCUUUAACCAGGAUAAACCUCAAAACAAACCAGUUUGCACAUUUGCCCGUGAGUAAUGUCUUAGAUGAACUGGAUUUGUUGAUCCAGAUUGAGCUUGAGGAUAAUCCCUGGGACUGCUCUUGUGAUUUAGUUGGGUUGCAGCAGUGGAUACAAAAACUAAGCAAAGACGUAGUGACUGAUGACAUUCUCUGCACAUCCCCAGGACAUCUAGAUAAAAAAGAUUUAAAAUCAUUGAAUAGUGAACUUUUGUGUCCAGGCCUAAUUAAUAGCCCAUCUCAGCAAACCCAUGCUAGCUUUAUAAUUGUUACUACUCCUACAACUACAACCAACACUGCAGAUACCAUUUUAAGAUCACUUACAGAUGCUGUUCCCCUUUCUGUUUUAAUCUUGGGUCUCCUCAUUGUGUUUAUUACCAUUGUCUUCUGUGCUGCUGGAAUAGUCGUUCUUGUUCUCCAUCGCAGGAGAAGGUGCAAAAAGAAACAAGCAGACGAGCAAAUGAGAGAUAGCAGUCCUGUGCACCUGCAGUAUAGCAUGUAUGGUCAUAAGAUGACACAUCACACAACUGAAAGGCCCAGUGCAUCAAUGUAUGAGCAGCACAUGGUGAGCCCAAUGGUUCAUGUCUACCGAAGCCCAUCUUUCAGCCCCAAACAUCUAGAAGAAGAGGAGGAGAAAAAUGACAAGGAUGGAAAUGACUCAAAACAUCUCCAGAGAAGUCUCCUGGAAAGGGAAAAUAAUUCACCCCUCACAGGUUCAAAUGUGAAAUACAAAGCCACAGAUCAAUCAGCGGAAUUUCUAUCCUUCCAGGAUGCCAGUUCCUUAUAUAGAAACAUUCUGGAGAAAGAACGAGAACUUCAGCAACUGGGGAUCACAGAGUACCUGAGGAAAAAUAUUGCCCAGCUCCAGCCUGAGAUAGAGGUGCAUUAUCCUGGAACACAUGAGGAGCUAAAAUUAAUGGAGACAUUAAUGUACUCCAGACCAAGGAAGGUGUUAGUGGAACAGACGAAAAAUGAGUAUUUUGAGCUCAAAGCUAACUUACAUGCUGAACCUGACUACUUAGAAGUCCUGGAACAGCAAACAUAA